GCGGGCAGCUAUCGGUCAGCGCCACGGGCAAGGCGGGGAGGGUGGCAUCUGAGAGGGAUGGGGGCGUCCAAGCCGAGGGCGGACUCCAGUCCUUUUUCUUUCUGUGCUCCCCGGCGGGGCCACUAUAACGGCUGGGGCCUGGGGCUCUGCGGCCUCUCCUCACCACUGGGGCCUCCUGGGCCCUCCCUCCUGGUGUCCUCUAAAUCUACUAAAAAGUUUCCACCCAGAAAACAUGAGUUUUACAACUUCUCUUGGUCUUUCUGCACAACCUGGCUUUUCCUUUCUGUCGUGCGUUAUCUUUCCAGUUUCCCUCAGUGUACAAAUAUUUUGCACAACUUCCUCCAAACUGGGAGCACUGGGAAGACCGUAGUUUCUAGUGGGAAUGGAGUGUGGGUGUGUGUGUGCAUGGGUGCCACUGGAUGGGGACAUGCUGGGUGCAAGUGUGUGAGAGUUUUGUGUAUUUGAGUGCGAACCAAAGUCUAAGCACUGGUGGACAUGUGCUGAACCUGCGUGGAGAGAAGGCUCUGCCCCCAAAAUAAACAACUCAAGGAAAGCCUGGGGCAAGGGGAGGGGUGGCAGGCCCCAGGCGACCCAGGUGGGGUGAAGAAUCUGAAGCUGCUUACCCAAAAGGCCAAGGGAGUAGAGGGCUCUUCUCUCCUUUUUUUCCCUUCCUGCCCCUCUCCUCCAGGCCUGCCAACCCAGCUCAGUCUGCCCACUAGGCACCCUGGUGUAGUGAGGGGCGGUCAGCCAGGGACCCAAGUUUAUUUGUGGAUUGGUGGGGCAAGAGGGGGUUGGAUCAGGUUUCCAAGAGUUUUCCAAACAAUUCCACAGAGGUCAAGGACUAACUCCAGGCCCUUUUUGGCAUCCCUCCUCACCUUCCCCAAACCUCCUUCCUCUCCUCCCUCCCUCCAACCCCUCACCAGCUCAGGUUCUAGUUCUUUCCACCCUCAGCACUGCCCUCCCUCCAGCUUCUUGGCCCAGUCUCUGGGCUGCCUCGAUUCCCCCUUUGAGGCCUUGUCCCUGCUAGGGAACCUGGCCCCCCCCAGGGGUUUCAACUGUGGCCUCCUGGGCUUUUAGGGUUCUGGGCCACCCCUCUGCACCAGAGGUUUAAGUAGGGAGAUCAAUAGCAAACAGUUGUAAUGAUCUAAUUAAUUAUGGCAAAAUUAAAAGCGAGUACAAAAUCAAUCUCUGAUGGUGUUGAAGAUGGAAUUCAAUUGAGAGCCCAUCUGUGCACCCCCUCGACCGUAUAAAUAUGCAGCCCAAGGACAGACCUAAUGGCUGGGCCUUCCUGCGAACCUCUCUCCCCCUUUCUUCCUCUCCUGCACAGGGCUUCUCUCUCCCUCACUCUGAAUCUAUUUUGCCUCCUGCCCCCACCCCUUCUUCCUUCUCUGUCCAGUCUGCUCAGGCUCCUGACACUCCCACUUUUCCAUUUUCCCUCUCCGAAGGCGGCUCUCCCUGCCUUGCAUGCCUGAGGUGCAAGGACUUUGUUCCCCGGCCCGCUCCCAGAAGACGCAGCCAGGCGCCCUCCCCAGCGCCUCGGGAAGGAGAAGGCAGAGCGGUGGGGGCAUUCUUGAGUGCCUCUCAGGGCCCUCCCCUCAAGUUUCUUGGCGCUCAGGAUACUCCAGGAGGAACCAGGGUGCUUACCCAGGGGCUCUUGCGCCUACCUGCUCCUGGUCGUGUAGCCGCUCUCCCCGCGCGCGUGGCAGCGGCCGGGAAGACCAGCUGCGCACCGCGCUCCCUUCCCCUUCCCUCCUUUCUCCGCUUUCUCCGCGAGCAUCGCACUCCCGCUAGCCGCGGAGUGGGGAAGGGUGGGGAGGAGCUGUGGAGCUGGGCAGGAGGCAGGGCUGUGUCUGAGAGUAGGAAACCCCCGUUCCCUUCCAGGCGGCCCCACCAAGACCCGGAGUCUUCCGCCCUCCAAGCCGCCUUCUCUCUUUCCUUCUCUUUUUCACCGCCCCCUGCCUCCCCUCUGCCCUCAUCUCUUCCUUAGACACGUCUGGCCGGGGCACAGCUCCCCGGGGGCCCAGCGCCCCCAGACGGCCCCCGUGUCCCCUUUGGCCCCAUCCAGCUAGUUCAAAAUGUCAAUGAGACGCGCGGGAGAGCGAGCGUGUCUGGCGGAUGCUUUGGCGCAACCGCCGCAGCCGGGUUUGCGAAGGAUGCGGGUUUUAUUUACUCUCGCUGAGCCUAUUCGGGAGCAGCGAAAACCGCCAGGAAAAGACGAGGGAAGGGGGAAAGGAGAGAAAAUCUCUAGGUCAAUUGUGGUCUUCGGCUAUCGUCGCCUAUACCCUCAGAACCGUAAAAAUAAGAGCUUUAUUUGAUGUUCUCCCUUUUACUCCGCUGGCCUGUCCCAGCUGCCUCUCUAGCUCCCUGUCGCUGGUCCCCUGCCUCUUUCUCCUGGGGUCCUGGGCCCACUCCCGGGCCCACACUGAGUUCCCAGGGUUGUUUCUGCCCUUGGAGACCCCUCCCACUCCCUCGUCCCGCCGCCGGGCCCUCAGAGCCUGGGGGACACACAGCCCCACGCCUCCCCGCCCUCUUUUUCCAGGCCUCCUCACCCCGUUAUUAAUUGCUGUGUUGACCUGCAGGAUUGAUUGGCGGCCCCGCUGGAAGAGGCUGCGGAGGCCUUGGCCUCGGAGCAGCUUGGUUGAGGGCAGAGGGAGGAGGGGGGGAGGUGCUGGAUAUGGGUCCUGAGCUCCUAUCUCAGCCCCGCCUGGGACACAGCUGUUUGCCUGGACAUCCUUCUCCACCCCCCUCACACACACACACCUUUUACACACCCUCACAACACUCACACUCACACGAUCUCCGCACUGAGUCGUUCAGUCCCCAAGGAGACACAUCAGAAAUUCUCCUUAAUUGAUUUAGAAAUUGAAGGAGGCUUCCUCCCUCCAUUAGUUAGUUUCUCCAACAUAUUGGUUAGCUGCGGGUCUAGACCUCACCCCAGGGCCGGACAUGGCGAAGCCGACUACUGGGAACCGGGCUUUUUUCUGAGAUUUACUUGCAUCUUUUUUUUUUUUUUUCCUAGGAACAGUUACAGAAAGUUGAGAAAUAAUCCUGGAUGAGGGUAACCCUUAAAGUCUCAAACCAAAGCACUUUUUCCAGAAGGAGCCCUUGCCCUGGCUCCUGAGGGAUUCGGGUCAACCCUUUUGUUUCAAGUUCGGGGAAUGAACGGCUCUGGACCGCGGAGAGCGGAGGCGGAGGCUUGCUUGUAGCCGCCUGGGGCAGGGGUCUAACCCGACAGCGGAGGCCCUCCCCUCUCUACCGCCAUCCCCCGCCUGCCUAAACCGUUGCGCGCGCGCACACACACACACACACACACAUACACACGGCCCCCACAGCCACAGCAAGACCCCUUGCCCCGACCUCAGGCCACAGGCCCAGCGCCCAGGAACCCAAGCGGUAGUGAGCCCCCGGGACGUCCUGGCUCCAGGCUGGAGUGGGCGGAGGCGGCAGGAGUAGACAAACCUCGGUCGGUCCCCAGAGCGACCCUUUUCCUAGGUCCUCUCCCUGUCUCACCAGCCCGUCUCUCCCCCGUUUUCCCCUCUCCCCUCCGCUCCGGUCCUUUGUUUCCAGCCACUUCGCGGCGCCGAGCAGCCUGUCCCCCGCCUGGGCGGCCCUGCCCUUCGCUUCCCUGUUUCGCUGGCGGGUCUCCCCUGCCUUACCCGCUCCCGGCUCUGGCGCCUUCUCCGCCUGCUCCUCACAGCCGCACAGCUGCUGGCAGAGGAGGAAGGAAGGGCGGGCGCGCCGCGGAUGGAUCCGAGAGUAGAUUUGGUUCUUGCUCGCAACUCCGGGAAAACUCAGCCCGCCGGGGUUCUCCCGCCCCUCUCCAACUAUUCCUCAGCGCUGCGGAGCCGCGCGCCCUCGCCCGCGUUUGGCCCCUUCCUUCCCUUGUGCAUUGGCUGUGGCUAUUUCGCUCCCCUGGUCUGCCCAGCAUCUGGAGUUGCCUUCCUCCUGCCCUGCGCUCCAUUCCCUUUGGGCUGCCCUUUGCUACCGCCUGCCCUGUUCCUCCGCAGCCCCCUUGAUCUCGGUGGGUAACACCUGGGAGGUCGGCGGCCCUCAGGCGCUGUCUCCCUCCACCACAGCCAGGUCAGGCUGCGGGCUCAGGGCCUGGCUGAGAAGAAGGUUAAUCAUUACUUCGCCACCGACACUCAGUCUCACUCGGACUCUCUCACCCUGGCUUGGGGACGAAGGGAAGGGGCAGUUGGUCAGGUGGGGACCAAACCAGCCCCUUCAGGCCUUUGGGAGACAGGUGCCUUCUCUGUCCCCUCAGCACCCCUUUCAUGUCCCUUUCUUCCCCUCCUCUCUCCGCCUUCCCACGCCUCCGCUUGCUCAGGUCUGUCCCCACCGUCCCAUCUCCGCUCUGGCUUUGGCAGGUUGACUGCAGGUCCUGGGAGGACCAACUUUCUUUGUUUGGAACCGGACUGGACGGGAUUUCCUUCCCAAGUCUCUGCCACCGGGCCAGCUCCUCCCAGCGUUUUUGGCAGACAGGCCCGAAGGGGACCGCGCCUGAGGCCACAAUUAACCGGGCUCUUGGGGUGGGAGGGGGGAGGAUUUAACUGAUCCUCUAGCAGCUGCGCUGAUGCAGUGGGGUGAGGGUUCAGGAAGAAGUGGGAAUGGAGGAGUGGCAGGAAAGACAGGGAGCAGAGUGAUAAACAUGUGCCAGUGUGGUGUAGUCAAUGGGAAGGAAAAGAAUCCUGAAAGGGAGGAACACAGGAAGGGGGGUGAUGAGGAAUCCUUUAGUUACAUUUAUAGGAUAGAAGUUGGAUGGAAAACCCCACCUCCUGCCCUGCCUAAGCACCCAGACCCUUUCUGUUCCCUUUUUGUGGAAGAUUAAGAGUUCAGAAGCUAGACACUUAUUCCUUAAUCUACUAUAGAAAUAUUUGGUUUUCAAAAUGCUUUCCUAUUGGCUAGUUCCAUGGAGCAGCCAAGACAGGUGUAAAUAUCCCUAUUUUACAGGCAAGGAAACUAAGACUCAAAUUGGUGGAGAGACUGUGCGUGUGGUGGUUGCUGCUUCCUCCUGUGGGCUGAGUGACCCCUUUAGCUGUGCAGAGGACCAUGUGUGUCUGCGAGUAGGGGGACAGGCUGUGUUUAGGUCAGAACCUGGAGUAUCAGGGCCUCACUGGGCCUUUUGCCCCCCUUCCCCCAGCUUGUUCUCUCUUGGACGGAGCCCUCCGCUCCUACCCUAUAGACCUGCUGCCCCAGUUUCUCCUGGCUUGACUAUCUUUUCGGCUCCCCAGUAGGGUGGCCCACCGGUGGCAGCCACCUGGCAAGCCCGUGCCGCUAAGAGGCCGCUUUGGUGGCCAAGUGGCUUGCAUUGUCAUUUCCCCUCUAGGACCUCUUGUGAGGAGAAGCCGGGUUGAAGGGGGGAGGGGCCGGGGAGGAUAAAGGCGCAGCACGUGCGCCCGGCCUCCACAGGACCAACAGACCGAGCGGGCGGGGCCAGCCGGGAGUCAGGCCCCCCGGGCUUCACGCAGGGAGCCCAAAUAUUGGGAACAAAAGCGGGAAAAGAAGAGUGAGAGCAGGAGGGAGGGAGGGAGCAAGGGAGGGAGCGAGGAAGCAGAAAUUAGGGGGUCUCAGAUGAAAAAAAAGAAAGUAGCUUUAGGGGGAAUGUGCCGUGGAGUGUGAAAUUGCAGCCCAUGGUGCUCCAUAUUGUACCAGAAGCUCUUCCAAAAAAAAAAAAAAAAACCAUCCUCCAACGUGACCAGAGGGCUAGGAAGGGGGAGGGGCGGGGAGAGGCUGGGGAGGAGGCGGAGGGGAAAGGGCCGGGCGGGAGCCGGUCAGGCCGAGCUGGAGAGGGGGCCGGGGUGCGUGCACCGACUGCUGGGGUCUGAUAGCCCAGCGUAUGGGGCCUGGGGCGAGUGGCCCGUGGCAGUCUCGGACUUGGAUUGUCAGACGAACUUUUCUCUUUUUUGUGAUGGUGGUGGUGACUUCCAAAACUGGCACUCAUUCAGAAAAGGAGCUCAGGCUGCUGCUCUGCUCUACCCUCAUCUCUUCCCCCCUCCAUUUCUGCUUCUCUUCCCUUCGGACUAGUUUUCCCCCCUUGGUUCUAAACAGCUCCCCCCCUCCCACCCCCGAACUUUAAUGCGUUUAAUUUGGUCCGCGCUGUGGGGAGCAUUUCCUAGGGAGAUACAUUUAAUUUCGGCAUUUCUAAUCCCCUCCCUCAGAGCCCUGGCCCUGGCUCCCCUUGCCGCUCCCCGGGAGGUGGAAGGAGUGGAAGGAGGAAGGCAGCCCAGGCCACGGGGGAGGGGCACGCCUGGGAAGCUCCCGCAUGCCUGCCAGGCCCCCCGCCGCCCAACCGCCUCCCCAAACUGCUCGGUGUGGGGAACCUGGGCCCGGGUCAGGCCCCAGCCUGUGGAGGGGAGGCAGCCACGCCUCUGCCUUUCCUGGCCCCGGCAGAAAGCGCUGGGCCGGGGAACAGGAAACUGGGAAACGAGCAGAAGAGCGGCGAAGGGAGCGGGUGCAAGCGCGGACAGUGGACAGGGUCUAUGUGAGCACUUCACUUCGAGGACCCUCAAUCCAAGAACGCAUUUGGGAGCUCGCGGUGGUAGUCGCGCUUGAUUUGGGCUGGAGCGCCUGUGCACGUGUACACUUGUGGGGGGAGCUCAAUGCGGACCACUGCCUCUGGGACACCUACACCCGGAGAGCCAGGCCCCGCAGCUCCGCGGUGAGAGCCAGGAAUGGGCUGGAGCUACAGAGGAAGCUACCAGGGGCUGGCCUGGUGGGAGUCCUGAAGUUGAGUUUGAGAGGCGACACGGCGGCGGCGGCCGCGCUGCUCCCGCUCCUCUGCCUCCCCAUGGAUAUGCACUGCAAAGCAGACCCCUUCUCCGCGAUGCACCGGCACGGGGGUGUGAACCAGCUCGGGGGGGUGUUUGUGAACGGCCGGCCCCUGCCCGACGUGGUGAGGCAGCGCAUCGUGGAGCUGGCCCACCAGGGUGUGCGGCCCUGCGACAUCUCCCGGCAGCUGCGGGUCAGCCACGGCUGUGUCAGCAAAAUCCUGGGCAGGUACUACGAGACCGGCAGCAUCAAGCCUGGAGUGAUCGGUGGUUCCAAGCCCAAAGUGGCAACGCCCAAAGUGGUGGACAAGAUUGCUGAAUACAAGCGACAGAACCCGACUAUGUUUGCCUGGGAGAUCCGAGACCGGCUCCUGGCUGAGGGCAUCUGCGACAACGACACAGUGCCCAGCGUCUCUUCCAUCAACAGGAUCAUCAGGACCAAAGUUCAGCAGCCUUUCCACCCAACGCCGGAUGGGGCUGGGACGGGAGUGACUGCCCCUGGCCACACCAUUGUUCCCAGCACGGCCUCCCCUCCUGUUUCCAGCGCCUCCAAUGAUCCAGUGGGAUCCUACUCCAUCAACGGGAUCCUGGGGAUCCCUCGCUCUAACGGCGAGAAGAGGAAACGUGAUGAAGUCGAGGUAUACACUGAUCCUGCCCACAUUAGAGGAGGUGGAGGUUUGCAUCUGGUCUGGACUUUAAGAGAUGUGUCCGAGGGCUCAGUCCCCAAUGGAGACUCCCAGAGUGGCGUGGACAGUUUGCGGAAGCACUUGCGAGCUGACACCUUCACCCAGCAGCAGCUGGAAGCUUUGGAUCGGGUCUUUGAGCGUCCUUCCUACCCUGACGUCUUCCAGGCAUCAGAGCACAUCAAAUCAGAACAGGGGAACGAGUACUCCCUCCCAGCCCUGACCCCUGGGCUUGAUGAAGUCAAGUCAAGUCUAUCUGCAUCCACCAACCCCGAGCUGGGCAGCAACGUGUCAGGCACGCAGACAUACCCCGUUGUGACCGGUCGUGACAUGGCGAGCACCACUCUGCCUGGUUAUCCCCCUCACGUGCCCCCCACUGGCCAGGGAAGCUACCCCACCUCAACCCUGGCAGGAAUGGUGCCUGGGAGCGAGUUCUCCGGCAACCCGUACAGCCACCCCCAGUACACGGCCUACAACGAGGCUUGGAGAUUCAGCAACCCCGCCUUACUAAGUUCCCCUUAUUAUUAUAGUGCCGCCCCCCGGGGCUCCGCCCUGCCGCUGCUGCCGCUGCCUAUGACCGCCACUAGUUACCGCGGGGACCACAUCAAGCUUCAGGCCGACAGCUUCGGCCUCCACAUCGUCCCCGUCUGACCACCCACCCCGGA